CCACCUCCCUCGUGUAUGUUGAGGGAGAGGGAGUUGGGUAUGGUCUCUCUCUGUCUCUCUCCCUCCUCCUCCGCCUCCUGGUGCAAAUGUGUGCUUUAUCCUGACGGCGCUCGGCGCGCGCCUCUGUAUCUCCCGCUCUCUCUCACGCGCGCUGCCAUGCGGAACUCCUCCUCUCCGGACUGCCUGCACGGGCGUGCCGCGCGCCUCUCUCUGGCAGCAGUUUACGCGCUGCUGUGCGCGGGCGGCCUCGCACUCAACCUGGCCGUGGUAUGCGUGGUGGGGGGCUUCAGGAAGCUGCGCACGGCCAGUAACGCCUUCAUCGUCAACGGCUGCGUGGCGGACCUGCUGGUGUGUGCCGUGUGGAUGCCGCAGGAGGCCGUGGCCGUUUCCACCGGGGGCGGGGUGGGUCCCCCAGCCCUGCGCGCGCUGCGUGAGGCACUGCUGCUGCUGGGCAUCACCGUUUCACUCCUCUCGCACUCGCUGAUCGCUGUCAACCGCUAUGUACUGAUCACCAAGAGCCCCGGCACGUAUCAGGCGCUCUACCAGAAGAGGCACACGGAGUGGAUGAUAGCGGCCUCGUGGCUCAUCUCUCUCGCCUCCCUGCUGCCCUGGAUCACGGGCUUUGGGUCCAGGGAUGAGGGAUGCAGGGAUGCUGCACCAUCAGCAUUGGCAUCUUUAUCAUCAGCGUCAGUGUCAGCAUCGUCCUUAGCAACGGCAGCAUCAGCAUCAAUAUCAUCAACAUCACUGUCAUCAGCAUCAGUAUUAGCGACAGUAUCUUCAUCAUUGGCAUCUUCAGCAUCAGUAUCACCUGCAUUAACAUCACUGUCACCAGCUUCACUACCACCAGCAGCAUCCUCAGCACCAGCAUCCUCAGCAUCAGCACCAGCAUCCUCAUCAGCAUCCUUCACCAUAGGCUUGCCGCUCCUGGCCCAUCCACCUUCAGCCGGCACCCUUGCCCUGACCAUCCUGGGGCAGACAGCCGUGGUCCUGUACUGCUACUUCAAAAUCUUCCGCCGUGUCCAGAACAGCGUGAAGCGUGUGAGCGUCCUGAACUUCCAGCUGGUCAACAGUCUCCCCUGUGCCUUCCCCCGCAAGGACAGGCGCCUGGGUCUCUGCGUACUGGCUGUGUGCUUCGUGUUCCUGCUAACCACCCAGCCCGUCUGCUGGACGCUGGCAGCUGCCAUGUUCACCCGUGUGCCCGGGCCACUCUGGACCUUCUCCUGGCUCCUUUUCUGCACUGUGUUCGUGUGUAACCCAUUCCUGUACACAUGGAAGAACGAGGAGUUCCGGCGGUCUCUGAGGUGUGUGGUGAGGGGAGAGUUGUGGAGGGGGUCCACAGUGGGAGUGGAGCCCAGCACGGUCAGCAGCAUCUCGCACCUGCUGCCCCGCCAGAGUAGCCGCAGGGCUUUUCUGAGCCAGGCUAACUGAGCCCAGUCCUGCAGUACCACUCAGUCGCGUUCAUAAUGAUCAUUAUCCUGAUGGGGAUGAAGAUGAUAAUCCUGAUAGUGAUGAUGAUGGUAAUAAUAGUAAUGAUGGUGAUGAUGAUGGUGGUGUGAAGAUAAUAUAUAUUAAAAUUGUUAAUGAGGAUAUAAUAAUGAUGGCGAUGGUGCUGGUAGUAAAGAUGACAGUAAUGAUGAUUAUAAUAAUGACUGAUAAUUUUAUUACUGUAUUUUAGUACAUACAGUCAUGUGCAAAAGUUUGGUCACCCCAGUCAAAUGUUUAUUUGCUGAAUUUAAAGUAUUGGAAAAAAUGAAAACAUAAAAAGUGUCCUGUGCGAAAGUUAUGGUAUAUUUUGUAUGCUCAUAAUACAUUUUAGGUUGCUCUCUGUAGCGGAUGUGUUUGAGUAAUAUUUACUUAAAAAUGACAGAAUGUUCAAAAAUUUGAAUAGGACUAUUUUUUCACUAAAACCACAAAGAAAAGAAAGUAAAUGCUACUAAACAGAAUGAUACUCAUUGAAAAUAAUGCCUUUCAAAUGAAUUAAAACUGUAUAAGUAUAUAUAUAUAUUUUUUUUUUGGUACAUUUUCUGCUUAAGUCAACUUCCUUUGUGAUGUUGUUAAGAUUGUGUUACUUUAUUGGACUUUCAAUGAACUAACAGUUUAAGGGAAGCUUGUUACAGGCUUUAUUAAAACAACUUAUUUUUACAGUGUAGUGCUUGUUCACUACUAGUGCACAUGUGUUUCUGUUAUUGAUGAGAGAAAAUCUCAUUAGAUAAAGAAAUGAUGAUAAAGAAAUGCUAAUAGGUGGUGUAUCCUGUAUAUGACUGGCUUCAAGGCUGGAUACUGGGGAGGCUACUACGACCAAAACAGCUAAAAAUAAAAUAACAUUCCUCCUUUUAAAAACUACAACAGCUAAACUGAACUUCACAGGGAAUUUACACUACAAACACAAGUAUUAUAGCCUCAGCUAGGACGCCACAUUGGGCCUAAGCACUGUUUGUACCAACUGCAUGCGGUUUGACAAUGACUGUGUGUCAGAACUCAGCCAGUGUUUUUUAAGUAUUGUUUUGUACGCACAAUGUAAGAUUUGUGAGGAUUUUUGCUAAACAGUCCAUUCGCUGCUGCUGCUUUUUCAAGCGAAACUACAUUUGUAUGAACAUGUUGGAAAUAAAUUGUAAAAUGAUU